AUGUCAGAUACAACCUCAAGAUCCUCGACUCCCCUGAGGAUCAACUCUCCCGAGAGCUAUGAAUCUGCUGCCUUGGAAAUCGAACAGGAGAAGCAAAUGGUCAAGGCCUUGAAAAGGCUUUCCAUGGGUAAUAUGAUCGACCACGAUCCGGACUUUCCCAUGGAGGACCCCGAGCUUCUCCUCAUGAACGAGAGAGAGAGAAACGACGAUUCCACCGCCUCUCUAGAUACCCUUUCGCUUUCAAGAUCUGCAUCACCCGUUUCAUCCGAAUCACAAAGUCCUCCGAUGGAAGGUAAAGAGCCAUCCUUAUCACCCUCGAAGGUCUCUUCUGGACCACCAUCUCUUUACGUUACACCAGAAGAUAGCAUAGAUUCAGACACACUGUCUGUGAAUCACGACAAUGUUCUCUGGGUUCCAGCCAAUAUGCACCCAGAGGUCAACCCUCAGCAAUUCAAGCAGCAUGUUAAAGUCACCAUCGACGAGCUUCUAGAACGGAAGAUUUCGAGAUCGAAGUCAACCCGUUCAAAGCGCUCCUCUUUAUCGCUCUCCACCAAUGACGAUUCGCAUAACGAUGACGACGAAGAAGACACUUCAAUCGACAAUCUGUCGCAGCAUCAGGACCUGACCAAUCGUUAUAGCAAUCCUUCACUUUUGGAGCUCAGCACUGAGCUCGAGACUUUAUCGCGUCUAGCUGGUAUGGACUCCGACGACGCUGUUACGCUAGCAAGAUCCUUGUCAACACACUCUCUUGGUUAUACUGAGGUUGAAAAAGCUGCUAUCGACGAGUUGGGUUCCCCUAAAGCGCACGCUGGCGCCAACCAAGCCGAAAUACUUGACUUCGGCAUGGACAAGUCUCCUACAAAGGCUUUCCCUGGUCAGCAGACAUCCAGAGGUCCACAUCAGCAACAUCCACCAUCGCAUCAGCGCUAUCAAAAUAGCCCCCAAGCAUCGCCCCUGAGAAGGCCUCAACAGAGAUUUGCCGGCGACCAGCGCUCUCCAACUGAAGAGUCGCAAUUUGCUUUGAAGAGAAGCAGGCGAAUGAAUUAUAGAAAGCCGCAUACCUCGACCCCCACACACUUAGGGUCUCAGUUGCAGAACAAGAAAGCUGGAAAUUUGGCCGAGCUUAGACACAAUCUUAAUUCCUCAGCAAUGCCUAUGUCAUAUCCAAGUGAGCCCGAGAGACUCAUGAAGAGCCCAGCGAGCCGCCAGAGUAUGCAAAGCAUUAAUCCUAGAAGCUCACAGGUUCUCUUUAAUUACAAGGGUCCUGCAAGGCUGCUGAGCCACCCAAAGUUGCCUGCCUCAGCUCCCCCAAAUUCAACACCUCCACCGGCUGUGCCAGCUCCAAGAAGAUCACAGGGCCCCGGCAUGGGCUCAUCCGUCAAGGACUCGCCAUUCGGACCAGUGGCAUCAUCGCCUGAGUUGCAUCACAACUUCGGUCCUCGUAGCUUGAGCGCCCAAAAUCUUAUGCAUCAGCGCCACAAGCACGGACUUUCUUCACGUCCACUGCGUGAAAAUCUUCAGCAAGGCCAUCAAGGCUCCAGCGGAUACCCAUCGCCACAUUCGCCAUCUGGUCAAUUCAGGCCUCAACAGCGGAAACCAUCUCCAACUUCUCAUCCUAGGUACGAGCAUGGCCAACCUUCAGCUGAGAGACGUAACUUUUCACCACAAGGACACCCUCAAUACCAAAACCAGAGUGGCCAAAAUGUGGAAUAUAAGCAGCAAUACCCUCAGACUCAUGGCUAUCCUCAGCAGCAAUCCCACAAGCAUUGGCAAGCUGCAAAUCGAAGCGGCAUGCCACCGAGAUCGAGGAGGCCUCUGGCCGACCCCGUCAAGGAGGAGCAUCAGAGGGUGAACACACCACAUCAUCCUGCAAGGUUGGGUCGUGAUAUCAAGCUGGAGAAGACAUCGCAGCUCAAUGAGAAUCUCGACAUGUUGAGGAACGAGAUCAAUGAAUUCAAGGAGAGUUUGUCUCAACCAGAACGAAAGAGGGAAAGAGUUAAGGAGCCAGAAGCUUCUCAACCUCAAGAAACUUCCGCAGUACAGCCCGAUGAAGUGGUUCCUGAAAUCAGCUUUGACACUUCUUCCGCUGAUGUGAGUUACGAGGAUACUCUUGGAAUGGAGAAGGACUUUCUUGGUCAGCUCAAGGACGAGGUACGCACCAGUACUCCUAUCGCCAGUCCAGAGAAGCAAACCAAGCGUACUUCGAUGGGUACAGCUCCUAUAGAAAGGGAGAAGGAUGCCACGCAAAAUGCCCGGGAAAUUGAGAGUGCAUCGGCUGUAAAGUUGCCUAAGAAUGACGAUGAGAUCACGAAGUUUGAAGUGAAGACCAUUGAUGAACCUUCACCAAAGCUUGAACAGGAGGAAGCUGUACAGAGACCUGCUGAGCCACUCAAGAAGGAUGUCGACGAGCCGACUAAGGAUCACGUACAAACAUCUCAGGAGGAGCCAUCUCAGGAAGAGAAGGUUGAACGAAAAGAAUCUGUUAGUAAAUCAGCCGAGGCCAUUGCAAAGCAGCUGGAAAUCAAGGAUGAUAAAGUCUCAUCGAGGCAGACUUUUGAAAACAACAGGUCAUCUGAAAGUCUCCCCAGAGUCAAAACGAGAACUUCUGAAGCCGACGAGAGUUUGAAGAGAACUGAGGUAUCACCAACUAUGCCAGUAGUUGAUGAGCUGAAGAAGUUGAAGAAGAAAAAGUCGUUUGGCUCACUCACUGGAGGUGACAAGAAGAAGACCAAGAAGAGUUGGAUUUGGUCGAAGGGCCGGUCAGUUAGUGCUCAGAACUUACCGGAAAUGGCAAAUCUGCAAAAGCCAUCCCGUUCAGUUUCCUCGCCAGACAUCAAUUCACACAAGAGGGACCACAAGGCAUCUUCCGACCAAAAGGAGCCAAAGGAGAAUGUCAUCUCGAAGUUGUUCAAGAAAAAGAGAAGCAACUCCGUCGAAAGCCCAGAAGUUUAUGCCCAAAGACACGAGAGCACCAACGAGGAGAAAGAACAAAAGACUAUCAAGAGAAUCAGCUCUGCUAUUUUUGGCACUUCGAAGGAUGAUGAUGCCCGCAGUGUAUCGUCUAAAGAAGAGAAGGAACCAAGUAUUGAUGAAGUCAGGCUGGAAAUUCUGAAGGAAGAAUCGAUCGAGUCCAGCAAGCCAACCUUGAUCAGCAAGAUGAAGGCGAAGGUCAAACAUGAAGAGAAGGAGAAAUCUGCCGUGGAGACUGUCGAGGUUGAGGAAACGAUCGAGGAAGCAUCUGAGGAAGAUCUGGAAGAGCAGAAGCCACAAACAACGCUAGAGGUCCAAGAGAAGAUCAAGAAGCUGAUCAAGAGAACAUCGAAGGCUAACCAGCCCCUUGAGUACACGGACUCCGCAUUCGGAUUCCCUCUUCCACCUCCGUCAGUAUCAACUUUGGUGAUGUUGGACUACAGAUUCCCCGUUCAUGUUGAGCGAGCGAUUUACAGACUCUCACAUCUCAAACUCGCCAACCGCAAGAGAUCGCUCCGUGAGCAAGUUUUGCUCUCUAAUUUCAUGUAUGCCUACUUGAACUUGGUGGACCAUACGUUACACUUGGAGCAGCGCAUGAGUGAAGAAGAAUCAAAUGCCAUGGAAGAGCCGGACGCAGACAUGGACCUUUUCAAUGAUGACGACAAGGAUACCGAUUUUGAAGGUGAGGACGAUGCUCUCGACGACAACGCAUUUGACACUGUCCGGCUCGAUCUACGCGGAGAUUCCUACAAUGAGAUAACGGUGUAG